ACAAUGAAAACAUUAACAAUUUAUUUGUGUGUAAAUUUCUUGCUCCUUUUUACUCAAAAUUUAAUAUUUAGCUGCGUCUAUGUAGGCGCAGCUUUCUCUGUAAAAGGUUCUGCUUCCGUCCCUAAUCAUGGUGAAACAUGUGUUUUUCGCAAGAGGUUUCUGUGUGCCGCAUUGAAAAUACUAGUUUCUCAUUUUGGGUCAGAAUGCCAAUCUCUCUCAGAAUCUUCCCCAUCCGACGAUAGUUCUUCUUCCACAGUGAAGCCUGGCGAACUGACAUGCUAUUCAUGCAACCAUUUUUGUGACAACGAGACGGAACAGAAGUGCAACCCACAGGACGACAUGUGCGUUGACGCUCGAUAUAACGAUGGACAUAUAGAUAAAGGAUGCGCCAACGAAAAAGAUUUUCAAACAACUUGGAAGCAGUGGAGUGAUUCUCAUGAUGGUAAUAAAGGUGAUCCUAUUAAAUGCUAUGAAAAUUUGUGCAAUAACAAAACAACGAAACAUGACCUGACAUGCUAUUCAUGUAAUCACAAGUGUGACAAACCAACGGAGAGGAAGUGUGAACCUCAGUACGAUAUGUGCGUUGAAGUUUUGUAUAACGAUGGAGAUAUGGAUAAAGAAUGUACCAACGAAAAAGAUUAUCAAACAACCUGGAAGUCAUGGAGUGAUUCUCAUAAUGGCAAUAAUGGCGAUGCUCAUAAAUGCUAUGAAAACUUAUGCAAUAAUCAGAUUAACAACUCAUAAGCUAGGGCUAAAAAUUAAGCACAUUUUUUUUUCUGCCUUUGUAAAUGUUGAGGGUAUAAAAAUUGGGUAAAUCUAUAUACUAUGUUAUGACAUCCAUGCCGUGUGUCUUUUGCACUUUAAAAUAAACUUAUUUCUCCAAAAUUAAAUAAUAUUUUGGUUAAAUUAAUACAUGUUGGAUAUAUUUAUCCACUGAAAUUAUUACAAUAUAGUAUUUUUUAUUUGUUGUCUUUUUUACAUGAGAUACAAUUACUGCAGCUUUUAAAAAUGUUUGAAACUCUGGUUUCCGAAAUAGGGAUAAAAUUCCAAAGAAGCACUUGUAAGAAUUUUAAAUAAUACUGCGGCAAGUAAGAAUGUAUGCGUUUCUGCCGACACAUCACUUGUAUGAAGAAUUAUAACGAUAUGUAUAUAGAAAA